AUGGUAAGAAGGAGGAGGACCUGCCUGAUGGCGGAGUACGCACUCGCGAAUUCUGUCGUUCAGUGGUUGUUCCUGACAAAGUGAACAAGGACGACUUCCACGCUACCUUAACAUCCGUGAGUGAAUGACCUCUACCCUCCGAGGGGGGCUGGGUUGGAGAUUUCUUGUUGAGUGCCUUUCUACAAGAGGUAUUUUGUUUCGUAGGACGGUGUGCUGGUGGUGGAGGCGCCAGUCAAAGAACCCGACUACAGCGUCUACAAGUUCGAUGAUGACCGUAAGCUUUGUGUGGCUGCCAAACCGCAUGAGGAGGCACCAGCGGGAAUGGAGCUCGCUGUCACUGGUAGGUAUCUACGGCUUCUUCUGGCUGGUCCAGUUUUUUUUCUCUCCCCCUCCCCUUGCCACUUAUUAAUUAAUGGUCUUUCUCCUGUGCAGGCAAGGACGGUGCCGUGGUGGUGGGUGAUGGGGACCACAGGAAGCUGCAUUUGGAGGUGCCUGUGGAUUCGCACUUGGAUCCGAAGGAUAUCACCAUCAGGAUGAAUGCCAACAGCGUACGUAUUACUGGCAGCCAUGCUGAAAAGCAUGAUGAAAAGACCGACAAUGGUCAAAUCCACUGCUCCGAAAGAACACUUUUCUGCAAGUCCUAUGCUAUUCCUCAUACAGUUGACGCCUGCUCAGCAACUGCGGUUCUGAAGGACAAUCGUCUUGUGUUGGAGGCCCCACUCUUGAAAUUUUGA